AUGGAUGUGCCCGUCUCUGAGUUAGUGGAGCUGAACAGGACUGCUGACACCAAACCAAACACUGUCAAACUGUGCAUGGUUGACGGGCGUGAACUUAAUUGUAUCUCUGAGUAUGUGAAGAGAGUGUCAUACAGAUUCAGUCUGCAGCUGAAGGAUCUGAAGGAGUCUGAUAGUGGAAUUUACAUCAUACGGGACACCAGGAAUGAUGAAGUCAUUGCUACAUACACUGUCACCACAGCCACUGCUGGGGGUAGGCAGGUGGAAUCUGAUACAGACACUGAGGAGAAGGAACAAGAGAAGCCUGACAAGAUGGUGCUGGUAGUGGUGUUGCCAUUGUUCAUACUGGUCUUACUGGUGUCUGCAGUGCUAUUCCGAAAGGAAUUACAGAAUUGUUGGUCAUGUAUGAACGUUCAAUCAAAUGAAUCUGUAGAGCAGCAAGCGAUGAAUGAGUUACACCCAGUGCAGGAGCAGAGGACCAAUCAGAAUGUUCCAGAGAGAGAAGCAGACACUCAGGAUCCACUCUUGAAUCCUGUUUCAUCAAAUACUGAUUCUGUUCCGGAUUCUUCAAAUCCUGAGCUGCUUUCUCACCCUGUUCCUGACUUUUGUUCACAUGUUCCUGCUCCUUCACUGGACUGAAUCACAGAACUGCACCGUUUUAGGUGCCUUCACACUUGGAUCUUUUUAAGUGUUUCAAGUGGACCUAGUCGUGGUGAGUCUGUGUGACAGAGACCGUCACUUAGGAAGGUUAAAUGGGAGCUCGAGCUGCUCUUUAGUCUGGUGGUCAGAGCUCACAUUUACCUCCUGUCAGACCUGGGUUUGUGUCCUGGGUAGAGUGGUUGCCUUCAGCCUUUGUAACAAUCUGAGUCAAUAAGCAUCUAAGCAGACCCCCAAGUGAAGUUGGUCUCAAUAUGAUGUGUAUUGUUUUGUCCUUGAUUCAUUUAUUGUGAAAACAAUACAUGGUUCACUUUGUGUUAUUUACUGCAGACCUUGAGGCUGGUCAUACACAGUGACAAUCUACACAGGUAACAUCAAACUGGGGGAGAAUGGCUGCUUGUGGGAUUGUAUGCUGUAUGUUCAAAUGUGAUAUAAACAAAAUGAAUGUUAAGACAAAAAUAAAUAUCUGGCUACUCAGUGACUGUUGCUGAGUUAUAGAUAGAUUUUUUUUUUUUUCCUUGUCCAGUAUGUUUUAUAGUUCUUGUUAAAAUUGUUUGUUUUUUUAAAAAUUGUUUUUCAAUAAACCGAAACAACUGUUAGUAGCUCAGUGGUUAAGGUACUGGACUGAUAAUCAGAAGGUCACUAGUUCCAGCCCUGCCAUUGCCAAGUUGCACCUGUUGGACAUCUGAGCAAGACCUU